UGCUUUCUUGACGGUCAGCCAGUCUUAAGUAAGUGAAAGCUCGGGCUGGAGAAAUUUGAAAGCGGUGCCAUCUCAGGGUCGGACUUGCUGAACAGUCAUCGUCAGGGAUCCACGUUUCUGUGCUGGCAGAACCGAGCCGUGCGUGGAUGACUGCGUGGCGCCGGGACACCUCAGAGGACGCGAUUCUCCAAGUGUGAAUUCAUGGAAUAAAGCAGCCAUCAUGUCGGGGAAAUCGGAGGGGAAGAAGAAGUGGGCGGCCGUCCGCGGGCGCCUGGGCUCCUCGCAGGACUCGGACACCCAGCAGGAGGCCAACCUGGAGAGCGCCGACCCGGAGCUCUGCAUCCGCCUGCUGCAGGUCCCCACCGUGGUCAACUACUCGGGGCUGAAGCGGCGCCUGGAAGGCAGCGACCAGACGUGGAUGGUCCAGUUCCUGGAGCUGAGCGGGCUGGACCUGCUGCUGGAGGCGCUGGACCGGCUGUCCGGCCGCGGCUGCUCCCGCAUCGCGGACGCUCUGCUGCAGCUCACCUGCGUGAGCUGCGUGCGGGCCGUGAUGAACGCCUCCGCCGGGAUCCACUUCAUCAUAGAGAACGAGGGAUACAUCCGGAAGCUCUCCCAAGCCUUGGACACCUCCAACACCAUGGUGAAGAAGCAGGUGUUUGAGCUCCUGGCCGCCCUCAGCAUGUUCUCUGCAGAUGGACAUCGUCUGGCUCUGGAUGCUCUGGAUCACUACAAGGGCGUGAAGACGCAGCAGUAUCGCUUCAGCGUGAUCAUGAAUGAGCUGCAGGCCACAGAUAACGUCCCCUACAUGGUCACGCUCCUGAGCGUCAUCAACGCGCUCAUCUUUGGAACCGAUGACCUCAGGCACAGAGAUAAGAUGAGAAAGGAAUUUAUUGGACUUCAGUUACUUGACAUUUUGCCAAAGUUAAGGUAA